CUAUUCAUUUUUUUUUUCUAUAAAUAUUUUUUCUUAUAUACACACAUAGUCACACAUUAAACUCCUCAAAGACUUUGUCUUCCUGGUCCUUGACUUCGAAACUAUCAUGGAUUCCGGUUCAAGUCCAGGAAUAACUCACAAAGUAAUGCAAACUUGUUGUCUGAAAGGCCAGAAAGAGGUUCCAAAUCACAAGGUGGCUGAGACAAAGAAGAUCCAUGGAGAAGUUGUUUUGAUGAAGAAGAACGUUUUAGACGCACAUGACAUGUCAGCUUCUUUACUUGAUCGAGUCUAUGAGCUUUUUGGCAAGGGUGUUUCCGUACAGCUUAUCAGUUCUGUUCAUCCCCACCCAGUGCAUGGCGACCGGGGGAUGUAUGGAAAGGCAACCUACUUGGAGAAAUGGAUUACGACGAAGACUCCAUUAACAGCAAAAGAAACUUGUUUCAGUGUAUUCUUUGAAUGGGAUGAAAGCAUAGGAAUUCCAGGAGCUUUAGUGAUCAAAAACAAUCACCAUAGUCAAUUCUACCUCAAAACAAUCACUCUGAAAGAUGUUCCAGGGCAUGGUUCAGUACAUUUUGUCUGUAAUUCCUGGGUUUACCCUGCAUACCGUUACAAGUAUGAUAGAAUAUUCUUCUCAAACAAGACUUACCUACCAUGUGAGACACCUCAGUUGUUGCACCACUAUAGAGAAGAAGAGCUAAAGAAUCUGAGGGGCAAUGGAACUGGUGAGCUCAAGGAGUGGGAUAGAGUAUAUGACUAUGACUACUACAAUGAUCUGGGGAAACCUACAAAACCAAAGUAUGCACGCCCAAUUCUUGGUGGAUCAGAGAAGUAUCCUUAUCCGCGAAGAGGAAGAACUGGUAGAAAAAAGUACAAAAAGUAUCCUGACAUUGAGACAAGAUUGCCACUUUUGGAUCUGGACAUCUAUGUUCCUAGAGAUGAAAGGUUUGGACAUGUCAAGUUUUCUGAUUUUCUGGCCUAUGCGUUGAAAUCCCUAGUCCAAGUAUUGAUCCCAGAGUUAGCAUCUUUGACUGACAAAACUAUUAACGAGUUUGACUCCUUUAAACAAGUACUGGAUCUGUAUGAUGAUAAUGCCAAGAAAUCAAAAGGGCAUACACUGAAGAAAAUAAGAGAAUGCAUACCUUGGGAGUUCCUCAGGGAAAUUCUCCGUCAAGAGGAAGGAUUUCGUAAGCUUCCCAUGCCUGAUGUGAUCAGAGAGGAUAAUACUGCUUGGAGAACAGAUGAAGAGUUUGGACGUGAAAUGCUUGCAGGAGUGAACCCUGUCAUCAUUCGUCGUCUCGAAGUGUUUCCCCCUGUCAGUACUCUAGAUUCUAAAAAAUAUGGGAAGCAAGACAGUACAAUCACAGAAGAGCUCAUAGAGCCUUACAUGAAUGGCCUCACUACAGCAGAAGCAAUUGAGCACAACAAGUUAUUCAUUUUAGAUCAUCAUGAUGCGUUAAUGCCAUUCCUCACACUAAUAAACUCCACCAACUCCAAGAUAUAUGCUACCAGAACAAUCCUUCUUCUACAAGAUGAUGGAACAUUGAAACCACUGGCAAUUGAGUUGAGCUUACCGCACCCUCAAGGGUAUGAACAUGGAGCUGUUAGCAAAGUUUUCACCCCUGAAGAAAAAGGCAUCGGAAAUACCAUUUGGCAACUAGCAAAAGCUUAUGUUGCCGUAAAUGACUCUGGCUACCAUCAACUUAUUAGCCAUUGGUUGAAUACUCAUGCUGUAAUAGAACCUUUUAUCAUUGCAACAAAUAGACAACUAAGUGUUCUUCACCCAAUAUACAAGCUCCUCCACCCCCACUUCAAAGAUACUAUGAAUAUAAACGCACUAGCAAGGCAAACCCUCAUCAAUGCAGGUGGUAUACUAGAAAUGACAGUCUUCCCAGGAAAGUAUGCUAUGGAAAUUUCUGCUGUUAUAUACAAGAACUGGGUAUUUACAGACCACGCUCUACCUACUGAUCUCCUCAAGAGGGGAGUAGCGGUUGAAGACUCAAGCAGUCCCCAUGGCCUAAAACUUCUCAUUGAGGAUUACCCAUUUGCCGUUGAUGGACUAGAAAUCUGGUCAGCAAUCAAAACUUGGGUAACUGAAUACUGCAACACCUACUACAAAACAGAUGAAAUGGUCAAAGAAGACACUGAACUCCUAUCAUGGUGGACUGAGGUCCGAACAGAAGGCCACGGCGACAAGAAAGAUGAGCCAUGGUGGCCCAAGAUGGAGAGCAUAUCCGAACUUAUCCACUCCUGCACCAUAAUCAUAUGGAUCGCUUCUGCCCUUCACGCGGCUGUGAAUUUUGGGCAAUACCCAUAUGCAGGGUACCUCCCGAACCGACCCACCGUGAGCCGGCGGUUCAUGCCAGAGCCAGGCACUCCCGAGUACGAAGAGGUGGAAACGAACCCAGAAGUGGCAUAUUUGAAAACCAUCACUGCUCAGUUUCAAACCCUCCUCGGAGUUUCCCUGAUUGAGGUACUGUCACGACAUACAGGGGACGAGGUUUAUCUGGGUCAGAGAGACACACUAGAGUGGACUAUGGAUGAGGAAGCAGUGAAUGCGUUUACAAGAUUUGGAGACAGGCUAAAGGAAAUAGAGAAUAGAAUCAUGGAGAUGAACAGUAAUGGAAAAUGGAAAAACAGAGUCGGGCCUGUGAAAGUUCCGUACACUUUGUUGUAUCCCAACACUUCAGGUUAUCCCAACGAGGGACUCACCGGAAAAGGCAUCCCGAACAGUAUUUCCAUCUAGAUUAAACAAUUUGUUUAUUUUAUAUAUAUAAAUAUAUAAAUUUGUUACUAUAUAUGUUUUGGUGGGUCUGUGUAGUGUUGCAGAGUGAGUUUGAUAUGGAAAAAUAGUGUGGUUUUCCCUUAAUUUCAGUGAAGUAAGUUGAGAUUUUAAGAUUUGUACAAGUGUGUUAUAUCUAUUGUUCUUGGCAGGAUUAUCAUCUCAACUAUUGAAGGUACUAUCAAGAAUAACGAAAUAGAGAGAAAAGUAUGAAGUGAAGAAUUGUUGUAUUUAGUUCUAAAUGAAAAGUGUACAAAAGAAACUUACAUGCAAUACAAAGCUAAAGCUCAUCACUUAUAA